AUGCUUAAAAUAUCAUUUAUUAUGAAGCCUAGUGAAGGUCAGCUGCGGCUCCGUGGGAAGAUUUACCUCAUGCUCGGCUCCGUCGAGGAAGAAGGAGGCAGCUUCCCUCCUCAAGCAGCAUAUGCAAAGUGUGCUAUGUGUGAACGAUAUCCUGGAUACCUGUUUGGGGGAACUCCUGUCAGUAGUUGGGACAGGAGUUUCAACUCAUUGGAAAAUCAAAUCCAACACCAGUACAGAGGUCGGUUAGGUUCUGGCGCGAGAUACUGGGGCAGUAUGUCUGAAGGAGGUGGCGUAUCCGCGGCAGGGGACAGUUGCAAAACCAAUCUUAUUGUUAACUAUUUGCCCCAGUCUAUGACCGAGAAGGAUCUAUACGCGAUGUUCAUGACCAUAGGACCCAUAGAGAGCUGUCGAGUUAUGAAGGAUUUUAAGACUGGUUACAGUUACGGCUUCGGUUUCGUUAAUUUUACACGUGAGGAGGAUGCGGCCCGCGCUAUUGAGACUUUCAAUGGUUACCAGCUCAGAAAUAAACGGUUUAAGGUGGGUUUCAUGACCUUUUACUUCUAUAUAUUUGACAAAAGGGAAGAGGCGCAAGAAGCGAUUGCGGCCCUGAACAAUGUGAUACCAGAAGGUGGAACUGAACCUCUAAGCGUUAAGCGGUGCGGGGCGGAGACAGCGGGGCGGGGUGGCGCGGCGGCGGCGCGUGCCCGUCUGCGCCUGCACAGCGAUACAAUGGUGGCAGAAGAACAUGGGAAACAAAAGGCUGCGUAUUAUGCGGGUUGGGCUGCAGGAUUUCAUCAUAAUAGAGGUGAUUUUGCAUGGAGUUGCGGUAGCUGCAUGGUAACAGAUCCAUGGGACAAUUUCCCUUCGCCCACUAUGGGGGGUAGUCAUCCUACGACACCGAGGAACGGCUGCAGGCCUGGAAAUUGCGCCAACAGGGUAGCUUACCCUAAUUACCUGCCUGAAGUAGGAACCCACAUUGGACCCCGGGCUUCGACGAGAGGUUCAAAAACCAAAGAUGCAGGAGUGGGCCGACGCCGUAUUGGUAGAUGUCGCUGCGAUCGACGAGUGUUCUAUCCAGGCGUGUGACGUCAUUUGACUCGUUCAAAUCCCUCGGUGCUUACGCCCUUGUAAAUAAUGUUGACGGCGAACAUCGCUCAACGUUUUUAUACCAUGUUGACGGGAUUUGUUAUAUCAUGUGUGAUGCAAUGUCGUAUGCCAAAAAC